AUGACUUUAAUUGACUUUUAUGACUCCCUCUCCAAUCUUCAGCCUUCCAUCGUUUCCGAGUUUUUAAUUAAAAUGCCUUGUCUUGGCUCGUCUUUUCAUUACAGAGACACAUCAGUCUUUGAUGUGUACAUGGGAAUUGCCAUACAUGUCUUUCUGAAUGGCUUAAUGGAAUUAUUCUCCCUGCGCUGGGUGUUUACUCUAGAACCUCUUAGUGCUCUAUUUCAUGACUCAGCCAUUCGAGAUCUAGCACUUCAAGACUUCUUUGGAAUGGCUGCAGGGCCUGUGACUAGACAGGCCUUGGGCUUACUGGUGCGAAAGGUGGGUGGUUUGGCUUUACUUAAGGAAAGAGGUGGUAAUGGGUUAGAGCUGCUGCUCUGGGACUGUGAAAUCAAAGGGGAAAUAGUGGGAUUGCAGAGGGUGAAUGACACCCUUUUUCUCUCCAAUGAGCUGGAUGGCAUUCUGGCUUUGGCAGAGGCCCUCCACUUUGACUUUGGCUCUCUUAUGACCAUGGCAUUCUUCCCUAGUCAUGUGUGA